UUUGCUUUCUUUUUUAUUUUGAGCUUCUUGAUCACUGUCUCGCUCACCCACUGUACACGCUGUACGAAAAUCCCCUACACAGCUAUUUUCCCCUUCCUUUGACCCACAUGAUCUUUCAAGGAUGCCGAUUCAAGCACCUGUUGCCGAGCAAACAGCAGCGACAACCGCGAAUCGAUACUCUGAAACCCACUCAAUCAACAACGGCAGUUCCACGUUGAAAAAAAUCAAAGUUGAAUCGACAAACGACACCAACGAAGGCCAAAAUGCUGAAGGGCCGAACGCUUUAACGAAAAACGAAGACUAUCAAAGCACAUUGAAUGCUUUGAAUCUCCUACACCACCAGUUGAAAAAAGCAACUAAAGAUAUUGAAACGCUUAACAAAUUGAAAAGAGAAGCGCUCGAUAAUCCAUAUGACUUUUUGGUCGAUCUCAAAGAAAAGAAAUCAUCUAAACGUCGCGUACCAAAACUACAAAAAAUCGCAUCCGUCCCUACUAUUGACUGGUCCAAAUAUCGAUUUCUGCCUGACAGUCGUAUUGCAGAACAAACUGCAUAUCUCGCUGCUUUGGCACAAAAUAUCAACAAACCAUCACCAGCAUAUCGGAAUAUCUUGGAUCAUGCCGGUCCAUUUUAUCGACAAGAACCAAAUUCACCAUCCGGUACAGUGAGCUAUUUACAACGAGAGACAGCAAGAGUGGCUCGUACAGUUAGAGAACUACCGUCAAGGGCAGGAUCGGUUUCUGAUGGAUCUGAUCGAGAAUCGGAUGAUGAAGGACCCAAAAACAAUUCUGGCGCUGUUGGACAAGGUAAAGGAAAACGAAGGACAUCAGUAGCACAGGGUGGCACAAUCACACCUAGCGAACCAGCAGAAAGUGUAGCCAUCAUGUGGAGACCAAGUCAAAGCGCUACUCCACGACUUCCCUUGCCUACGAAUGAUUCGGAUGGGAUCGAUGAGAUGCUGCUGGAACAUGAUAUGGAGCUGGAAACCAGGGCUCCGACAUAUAAUCAACCAUGGUCCGAUGAGGAACAGCGUCGAUUGGAGGAACUACUAGAAAUCUAUCCUGAUGAACAGGUGCAGGCUCAACGGUUCAACAAGAUAUCGAAGGCACUAGGGACACGGUCGGCAAGACAGGUGGCGAGUCGUGUUCAAAAAUACUUUAUAAAACUAGCCAAAUUAGGUUUACCUGUUCCUGGGAGAGUUUCUAUUCCACCAUCUUCAACAACCAAACAUUCGCGAGGUGGUGGCAACAGGCGGGGUAAAAUUUCCAAAGUGAAAUCGAGAGGUGGCUCCUCUAGUGCUAGUAGUAAUAGUACUGCCAAUACUGCUGCCGCUUCCGCUGCUUCUGUAGCAAGGACCGCAAAACCAGCAAUGCGAACUUCCGGUGCGGGAUAUAACACUAUGGUCUCUGGGGGUAUCACGAACACUAGAAUUUCAGGAGCGCAUUAUUUGACCACGCAUGGACCACCUUCUGCUCUGAUGUCUGAUGAUGAAGAUAGCGAUGUAAAACAAGCGAUGCUGAACGCUACUAAUCCAAAAGCGGCAAUUCAGCAAGUGGAAGGCACGGGUGGCGAUCCAUUAUCCAGUGCAUCGAUUAUACAUGAAGGAUAUGCUUGUGAUGGAUGUGGUACGGAACCGAUUGUGGGCGUACGGUACAAGUGCACAGUUUGCGAUGUCAGUGAAGAGAUUGAUCUCUGUAGCAAAUGUAUGGCAGCAGGCACUUUCCAAAACGAUCACCAUACACCGGAUCAUCCUUUUGAGGCUAUCCAUGUAGCCAAUCCGCUUCCGUACUAUGCUGAUAAUGAUUAUGCCCCGAACGAAUAUUUGGGCGAAUACAGUUAUCUUGGCCUCUAGUACCAUCAGCAAUAGUAAUACUAGUAAUUGUGUUGCAUAUAUGUAUAUAUUGUGUAGAAUAAUAGUAGCUUAUAAAAAUGACAUAUUCAGG